UUCCCUCCCAACUGCCAUCUUGUUCCUCAUCCCAUCACACAAUCACUCAACAACAACACAUUCACUCAACAACACAAUCGUUUAAACAACACAAUCAUUUCAACUACAAAGAACACUUCAUCUUUUCACAAUGCAGUUCUUCAACGCCAUCAUCGUCUUCGCCUCGCUUGCUGCUGCUGCGCCUGCCGCUGGUAAUGCGCCUGCUGUUGAGGCCAGACAGGCCAAGACCAACACCCCUUGCGGCAACAACAUCCAGCCCGUCUGGAACACCGGCAACUAUGGAAAGGGCGAUGGCGGUUGGGGUUGCGAGGGCCUCAACAGCAACGGCGUCUGCACUUCUUACUUCUGGAAGACCGAGCUUCCCUACUGGAGCUGCCCUUAAGCUGAUCGCUCUGGGUGUCACGCAACGCGUGUCCAGAGUCCAGCUCUCCGGUUGCGGCCUUGGCAGUUGGAUGCGGGUCUACAUAGUGCUUGGAUCCCAGAACAUUCGGAUUCUAGCUUCAAUCAGUUCUUUAGUGCAGACUCAAUUUCACUCAUAGUUUUACUCUCUUUUCCCGUUGGCGUGUCGAC